AGAGAGGCGGGGAAGCCAAUGGAUCUAAAUGCUCUUUCUCCUUGUCUGUAAAAUCCCAGGAGGUGGGCACCUCUCCACCCUAAAAACUGAUCGGAUUCAACCUUCGUGGUCUCGAUCCCAACCGUUUGUUGACAUCCUUAAAAAAUGCAGACGAGCCAGCCUCGCUCGUCUAGUGAGCUCGUAAGGCGCCGCAGGAGGAGGCUCGCGGCCCCUUUUCUCCAGCCUGUCCCGUGAAGGGCCGGACCAGCCACACCCCGGGCAGAGAGACGCUGUUAUUUUCUCUCCUGGAAAUGAAUCACCCUCGGCCAAUUUGGCUCUGAAUCCCCUCCGCUCGCCGGGGCUUCCUUGCAAAAGAGGAAGGCGGGAGGAGCGCUGCGCGAUCAAGCUGCACCAUGGCUGGGAUUGCCGCUAAAUUAGCAAAAGACAGGCAGAUCGCGCAAGGGCUGGGCUCCAACUCCAAAGCCGUGAAGUACCUGAACCAGGACUUUCACGCGCUGAGGAACGAGUGUCUGGAGGCGGGCAAGCUCUUCCAAGACCCAUCUUUUCCCGCCGCCGCGCCCUCUCUGGGCUAUAAAGAACUAGGGCCAAACUCGCACAAAACAAAAGGCAUCGUCUGGAAGAGGCCGACGGAAUUGUGUUCCAAACCUCAGUUUAUUAUUGGAGGUGCCACCCGGACUGAUAUCUGCCAAGGGGCUUUAGGAGACUGUUGGCUUCUAGCAGCCAUUGCUUCUCUCACUUUGAAUGAAGAAAUUUUGGCCCGGGUGGUUCCCAGUGAUCAAAGUUUCCAAGACAGUUAUGCAGGAAUCUUCCAUUUCCAGUUUUGGCAGUAUGGAGAGUGGACAGAUGUUGUUGUUGAUGAUCGAUUGCCAACCAAAAAUGGAGAACUACUUUUUGUUCACUCAGCAGAGAGAAAUGAAUUCUGGAGUGCCCUGCUGGAGAAGGCCUAUGCUAAGGUGAAUGGCUCCUAUGAAAGUCUUUCAGGGGGGAGCACUACUGAGGGCUUUGAAGACUUCACUGGUGGAAUUGCAGAGUGGUAUGAGCUCCAGAAAGCACCACCAAACCUGUUCAAAAUAAUCCAGAAAGCUCUCCAGAAAGGUUCUCUCCUUGGAUGUUCUAUUGAUAUCACAAAUGCUGCUGAGACUGAGGCAGUCACAACCCAGAAGCUGGUCAAAGGACAUGCAUACUCUGUCACAGGAGCUGAAGAGGUGAAUUUCCGAGGCAGCAUUCAGAAACUGAUCCGGAUCCGAAAUCCCUGGGGAGAAGUUGAAUGGACUGGAAAAUGGAAUGAUAAGUGUCCAAACUGGAAUGGUAUUGAUCCAAAAGUGAGAGAGAGAUUGACCCAACAGCAGGAAGAUGGAGAAUUUUGGAUGUCAUUUAGUGAUUUCUUGAGGCAUUACUCUCGUCUUGAGAUCUGUAAUUUGACUCCAGACACUCUGGCCACUGACAAGUAUAAAAAAUGGAAGUUGAACUUGAUGGAUGGAAACUGGAGAAAAGGUUCCACGGCUGGUGGAUGCCGAAAUUAUCCUGAUACAUUUUGGAUGAACCCACAAUAUUUGAUUAAACUUGAGGAAGAAGAUGAGGAUCCAGAUGACCCAGAAAGAGGUUGUACCUUCUUGGUUGGUUUGAUUCAGAAACACCGUCGGAAGCAGAGGAAGAUGGGAGAGGAUAUGCACACGAUUGGCUUUGCAAUCUAUGAGGUGCCUGAACAGUCAUCUGCCCAAAAGAAGGUCCAUCUGAACAAAAACUACUUUCUCACAAACCGAGCAAGGGAACGAUCCAACACAUUCAUCAAUCUUCGGGAGGUGUUAAAUCGAUUUAAGCUUCCCCCAGGAGAGUAUAUUAUUGUGCCAUCCACCUUUGAACCCAACAAGAGUGGGGACUUCUGCCUUAGGGUUUUCUCCGAAAAAAAAGCUGACUCACAAGUUGUUGAUGAUGAAAUUGAGGCCAAUAUUGAAGAGAAAGAACUUACUGAAGAAGAAAUUGAACCCAAUUUUAAGAAAUUAUUUAAACAAUUAGCUGGAGAGGAUGCUGAGAUCUCAGCCUUUGAACUAUGUAAUAUUCUGAAAAAAAUCUUAGCAAAACGUCAAGAUAUUAAAUCCGACGGUUUUAGUAUUGAAACUUGCAAAAUCAUGGUUGAUCUAUUAGAUGCUGAUGGAAGUGGUAAACUAGGGCUGAAAGAAUUCCACAUACUUUGGACAAAGAUUCAGAAAUACCAGAAAAUUUAUCGGGAAAUGGAUGUAGAUCGUUCUGGCACCAUGAACUCCUAUGAGAUGCGGAAAGCCUUGGAGGAAGCAGGAUUUAAGUUGGAUUGCCAAUUGCAUCAAGUCAUUGUGGCCCGUUUUGCUGAUGAGCAGCUGAUUAUUGAUUUUGAUAACUUUGUUAGGUGCUUGAUUCGACUGGAGACUUUGUUCAAGAUAUUUAAGAAACUGGAUACUGAGAAAACAGGAACAAUACAGAUGGAUCUUGUCACUUGGUUGUGCUUCACUACUAUAUGAGAAAGCAAUGAAAAAAAUGGUGAAAAGUUUUCUUGGGAAUAAACAUGGAACAUGUUUUUAAAGGGCUUAUUAUACAUUUUGUACUUAUUGUGAAGCUGCUAAAGGAGAGACUAUUGAAAAAAAACAAAGCAACUACCAAACAAUUUCAAUAUAUUAGCUGUAACUUUUUAUGUAAUACUAUAUUUGCUUUUCCAUGUUUUUACUAUUCAAACAAAAGAUAGUUCAUAAGCUCUC